UAUCAGAACAUAUUCACCUGAUUCAGUGAAAGCCUCUGUCAAACUUGUGCCUCUUGGAAGCACAAUUACAAUGCCCUGUGAGGGUUAUGCUGGUCACAAAACUGCCAAAUGGAUGUACAAAAGAAACAAUACAUUUGAAAUUCUUGUAAAUGAAGCUAAUGGCUUCACUUUUUACAAAACAAUGAAGAAUGGGCCAAAGAUUCUCAACAACUUCUCUUUACAAAUCAGUCACUUCUCAGACCUCAAUGAAGGGACAUAUUAUUGUCAAGUUUGCACACAGAAAUGUAAUGACAGUAAACAAAUAUCUUUGAUAGCUCAGUAUGGCACAUUUUGUCCAUCAGUGAAAAGACAAUUUAUCAUUCAAGGUGAUAGUUUCAGUUAUAGUUGUCCCCAUCGGUUGGAUCUGAAAUUAGGCUGGAAGUUUGACACACAUGUCCAAAACACUGCAACUCCUGUAAAACGUAAACUGAGAGAUAAAGGUUUUUUGUUAAUUUUGGAUGUUCAGCCAUCUGAUGCAGGAGAGUACAACUGCUGGAGAGAGAUAUCAACUGGGCUAAAGCAUAUAGUUUGCACUGUGGCUCUGUGUGUACUUACAGUUGCAGAUAUGAAGAUGAGUGAUUCACCCCAGAUUUGUACCCUUUACUGUGACAUGGACAUUGAGGCAGAAAAGGAAAGCGCAAUUGUUUAUGUGACAGAUAAAUGGAACAUCUCUAUUGCAAGUAGAGUAAACAAUUCAAAGAGUUCUGUGAGCUGCAGCCUUCAUCGUAGCAGUGUGAAGAUGAACAGACCCAGUUCUGAGAUGGACCAUGCUACCACACAAUCAGAUAUCACUUCAGGCAUUACAGUGAAUGAUGCAUCCAUCACCCCAUCACGAAGAGCUGUAUUCAUAAGCAUGUUAACAGCUGUUUUUUUCAUCCUCAUCAUUAUAGUUAUCAUAUGUUUAUGGGUUUUACAAAGAGCAAAUACAGACAAGAGCUCUGACAGACAUUUUCAACAAACAACCAGGUGUUCAGAGGAUGAAAAUGAGUCUCAGGUGAUUUAUUCUACUCUGGAAAUUCGUAGCUAUCAGAAUGUCAUAACACCUGAAAAUGAGUGUGUGUACAGUCAAAUUAAAGCUUAUGAAAAAUGACACUAUUACUGUAUUUUGAGCAAACAUAAUUGAUUAAUUAAAUGUUAUGUGUUUAUUGUGCAUUGAGUUGGCAUUUAUGAAAUGUAUUGCAACCAAAAAACAAUUCUUAGCUUUGUCUUACCAGUGUUGUCAUCAGGAAUUAAUUUCAGGGAAGAUUAGGAAAAAUGCUAAAUGAUAUUGCCUUUUAAAAUUAACAUGACAAGUGCAAUGUAGUACUUGACACCUCUAGAAGCAGGAGAAAACUUUAAAAAUUUGUCAUUUCACUGUUUGUCAUUUCAUUUUCAAAGGCAUGAGCUACCAUUUAACUUGCCACAUUAAAAACAUGAAUAGGCAUAGGACAUAAAAUACUUCCAUUGUUUUGUAUAAAAUAUUUUCAUUGCUAUUGACUUUCAGAACUAAACUAAUAAAGUUGUUGAAUUUAUUUUUUUUUUUACAUUUAUGUGACCAAACAUCCAUUACUAGUUAAGCUAGCUGGCUAUAGCUUUUGAACAGAAACAGGAAAAAUAUGCAUAUCCUGAUUUGUUAAUCCUUUUUUUCUUAUAGCAGCUGUUAGCCAGUAAAAUGUGAUUAAACAAAGGGAUGCAUUCAUUUGAUGUGUGGGGCUUUGACCUUUUAUGGACAUCACUGUAGUAAUUACUACAAAAACAAUUUUAAUGCAUGUAGAGUAUCAGUUGUACUUUAUGUGUGUUUUGUAAAUCCCACCCUCCAGCCAUGUCAGUGUGUCUUAUUGCCAC